CUGGCCCAGCGUCGGAAUGCAGGCACUCCACCUUCAGCACCGCAGCCCGGGCAGCUACCGGGUCAAGGCCAGGGCAUCCUAUGUGGAUGAGACCCUGUUUGGCAGCCCAACAGGAACCCGGCCAACUCUACCAGACUUUGACCCACCCUGGGUGCAGAAUUGUAACAGAUCUAGAGGAGUGAGCCCAGGACCCCCAAAGGUCUCUCUGGCCAAGAGAGACUGUGAGUCUCCCUCCUCCAGGGGCAGCACCCCAAACCUCACACCAAGGAAGAAAAACAAAUACAGGUUGAUUGGCCACACCCCAUCCUACUGUGAUGAGUCACUGUUUGGCUCCCGGCCACAGGGCACCAGCAAGGAGAGGUCUCGGACAGCCAUGGAGGAUGCGGCCAAGCUCCGGACCCUUUUCUGGACCCCACCAGCCACCCCUAGGGGCAGCCACUCACCUCGCCCCAGGGAGACCCCACUGCGGGCCAUUCACCCAACUGGACCUCCCAGGACAGAGCCCAGAGUGGCCACAGGCUCCCAGAUGGUGUCCCGGGAUGGGCUGGAUGCUCCCCGCUCUCUGGGACAGAGGCGUUCCCAUUCACUCACCCACCUAGCUGUCCCCAGCACGGGUCAUCCAGCUUCCAGUGCCCCCCAGACCAAUGGGCCUUGGAGUCCCCGGCCUUACACAUCAGGGGCGACUGUCCAGAGUCCCCUGGUCACUCGCAAGGUAUGCUCAGGCAGUGUUUCGGGGCCAACUACCCCUCAGCGAGGGGCCUCCCAAAAGCCAAAGCCUCCUUGGAAAUGACAUUCUUACCAGGUAAACCUUUGGCUCAAAGCCAGGACUCAAGCUCAGGUGUGGUCCUCUGGAGACAAUGGUCCCUAGGGCCUCCAAAUGCUGGAGAAGCCUCCACGGGGCUCCAUGGUAAGGAUGGGCCAUAUUUUCCCUAGUCCCCACAAGCUCAGGAUGUCCCCAGCCUUCUCUGCAGGGUAUUUGGGGUCCUUGAGAUAGAUGUCUCUGUAGCCAUGUGUCAGUCUCCCGGCUUCUGCGUUGGUGCCAAGCCCCACCCAGUUCCCUACAAAGGGUUCAGUUUCCACAGGGGUCUGAAGGUCUUAAGGGAGGGUCCUGGGCUGUAUGUGGACCUCAGGGGUGGGACCCGGGGAGACAUUAUUUUAAUAUUCAUGUAUUUAUUCCACGUAUUAAAUGUAUUUGGAUCGCCAAAA